AUGUUAAAUAUAAAGCUGUUGGUCAAUAUGCAGCUAAUAUUUUUUGUGGCUUUUGUGGUUCUUUUGGGAGGGGUUUUUGCCCAUCCUAUGAAGGAGGAUCCUGCUGCUGCUGCCACCCUAGAUGAUUUGGCUGAUUUGGGUGGUCAGGAAGCGAAAGGAGGCGAAAGACCAGCUCGCUGGCUGUCUGGCGGAUGGGGAGGAGGCUGGAAUACAGGAUGGGGUGGAGGCUGGAAUGACGGAUGGAAUGGAGGUUGGAACGGCGGAUGGAAUGGAGGGUGGAACAAAGGAUGGAGUGUUUCUUAUCGACCCUGGAGCAACAGCUAUAGUAGCUACUGGUGGUAGCAAUCUCAACACAGUGGCUUCCCAAAAACCAUACCAACUUUUAAAUAAAGCUUGUCUCAAAUAUAAUUAUAAACAUUUGGUAAAGU